AUGAACAAGCCUACUGGCCCAUGGCUUUACGCUGGCCUUGCCUCAUCUCUUCCCACCAUCGAGCCCGAUGAAAACGAACCAGGCCAGACCAAGAUACGCAGCAGUGGCAUUGCAGAAGAUGGCUUCUCUGAUCUGCCGCCACCCUGCAGGACUCUGCAGUCCAAGGAUAAGGACGAGCCGCUGAACGAAGUGACACAAGAUGAGGCUCAGAACAGUAUCGGCCUCCAACCACAAGUCCUCCUCUUCCGCUACCGAGACAAGAUCCAUGCCAUGGAUCACGCGUGCCCGCAUCAAACAUAUCCGCUGUCACGAGGGACAAUCUACGACAUCGAGGACUUUGGUGUAGUGCUGAGCGCCGGGAUUACAUGUCCGAAGCACGGCUGGUCAUUCGACCUCUUCACAGGCGAGUCGGACCGCGGAAGGUACAAGCUGAACCUGUGGGAGGUGGAGAUAAGAGAUGGCGACAAAGGUCAAGAGAUCUGGGUGAGGCGGAGGGAAAGAAGAAGGAUGGGAUGA